AUGUCCGAAAGAGGUCAAUGUAAUCGAACGACUAAAAGGAGAGGGUCGACGAAGUUGAGGCGAAGCGAAGUUCAGUCAAUCAAGGUCACUCGACGCGAAAGGAGAGAUCUUACCCUCCACUCCUCGGAACACCAACCAGGAGAAGCAGUGAAGCUUCGUAGACAACAAGACGGCUCGCUCAGUGCUUACGAACGAAAAGUCUUUGUCGCGUCAGCGAUUGGAAAGACUUGCACGGUUCAGCGAAUCACUAAUCGAGCUCUAUCAGACCCCAUCUAUGAAAUAAUGGUCGGCUACUCCCAUCCCAGGUUCGGCAACAUGAAAGGUUUCAUCUUAACUCUACGUAACAGAGUUCGGCAGGAAAGCGGCAAUUCAAGUGAGCGACUAUACGCCUGGCACCACAGGAAGAUAUGGCACCAACGACUCAAUGAAAGGAGCUACUUGAACCCCCAGGCAUACGGCCAACCAUGGCUCGAUAUAAUUGACCUCUUGAUUGCCCUUCUAAAUAAGACAUUUCUUGGAGAUUCUCGGUUGGUUACGGAGCUAGAGCUUCAACUGGUACUGAAAGAGCUGAGACUGAUGUUGCAGUUACGAUAUCUGGAGCUGAUAUCUCUUAAAGUGACUGGUUCGGCUCCAAGCUUAGAUGACGAGGCUGAAACUGGAGCUGAUGUACUUGCUGUUUCCGGUCUACUUUCAGUUGCUGAAACUGAAGGAACUGCUGGGGAUAGGACUGAUGUCUCCGGAUAUAAAGAAGAUCGGCCUAAGAAAGCUGAUCAAGCGCCUAUUAUCAUAAGAGAAGAAAAACCGGGAUGUCCGUCUGUCAGCUCGAGCCAGGAGCCAAUGCAUCUCUCAGUAGUGCUCCGAAAUGGAGUCGAGAGGUCGGUAAACCGGAUAGGCUUGGAAAAGAAAAAGAAGUGGCGCUAUAGAAGAACUAGGGAGUGGUUAGAAGGUGCGAAAUUUGACCGGUGUCUGCUCCUCGUGGUUUUUCUCACUCUAUCUUAUUCCAUAUUUUUGGUUCUUAACCAAAUGGAAGUCUUUCAGUUUCUCCUUUCUAAGGCAUUCAUAGCCGCGGGAAGCCGCACCAUCUCGUCUUUAUUGAUCAAGAUGGGCUUCUCAGGCGGGCUAGCCUUUGCUUUUGGAUUUGCGGUGAGGGCGCUCUUCUCGGGUGGUACGGAGGUAGUCUGUGGGAUGGAUGAGAGGAAUACGCCGGCUUACCCGGACGACUCAAAAUCUACGUCUUCAUCGCCUUCGAAGAAGAAGGCGGGCUCUCUUAAAGUUCAUGCUUCCUCCUCGCCUUGCUCUCAUACUUCCUUCCUGCACUGUCCCGGCUCUGUCAAUCCUGCAAUCCAGCCUGCUUUCGCUUACGCUUAG